CUGACCUUCCAAAAUAUUGAUUAUAUUUGGUUCUACCUCUUAAACUGAUCCUGCGAUUUAAUUUAUUUUUGGCAUGUAGAUGGGUAAAAAUGUUUGUAGUAUUAUGUUGGGCGUUGAAUCGGCACUCUGCUAGAACUUCUUGUCAAAGAUCUCACCUGGUCAAGAGACGCUUCGCCUGGUACAUACUUUCAGACGAAUCUAGUAUAUCCUUCUACUGUACAAGUACCGGGUACAAAACCUAGACGAUCGGCUCUUACUGCUGCAAGAACUAUCGUUUCGGAUGUCCAUCUCCAGAAGGACAUGAGGCACUUAGGUAGCGUAGCGCAAAUUGCGCCCGUUUGCCUGGAAAACUAAACCACCCCUAAAUGACCUUCGCACUAGGUAGUCAUAUGGCCAUGGCAACGGAGUGAGUUCGUCAGUAUUCCAAACACCACGAUCAAGAGCACACCGCAAAUGACGUCCGCAACAGAUACAGAAACCCCUGCCACUUCUCUCCUGGAGCUGAAUGACGAUGUCCUGGCGUUGAUCGUCCGCCAGCUGAAUGUGUACCAGCAGUACGAGAUCGGCAGGUUGAACAGGCGUUUGGAAAGCAUAGUGCAGAUGCUCUGGAGGACCCGCGUUCGCAGUGUUGUCCUGCAGGACGAGAUGUUCCGACGAUCGGGAGCCAAUUCCCGUCAGUUUGUGGCCUUUAUCCUGGCCUUGGCUCCUCAUAUGGAGCGUUUGAGCUUCAACCAUUUGGAUGUGCGGCGAUUGCGGCUCCUUAGCAGUCACACCCUCGAGGGGAUCCACUCCGUGGAGUGGCUAGGUGAUGGAAAUCGGAGGGGACGCGUUCGGUUCGUAGACGAGGAUGUGCGUUUGCUGCGACGCGUGUUUCCCCGCCUAAGGAGACUCAAACUCAGGAGCUGCCAGAUAACUGGGAAGUACCUGUGCGACCUGGAACACCUUAGCGAACUCUGCCUAGAUGACUGUCAGUUCCUGGAGUCGCAGCACUUCAGGGACAUCUUCCGGCAGCUGAGACUCCGCAAAUUUGAUAUCAUGGAGGAUUGUGAUGAGGUCAACUGCUGUGAUCUGGCGGAUCUGCAGCUGUGUCCCACACUAGAGCACAUUAAGAUAGCUGAUUACCACCUGUGCAUGGAGUCGGAUAUUACCCAACAGCUCCUACGACUGCCGCGUCUGCAGAAGCUGUCUAUAUAUUCCAAGAACUUUGUCUUCGACGUGCUGUCUCGAAUAGCUCGGCCCAGCAAUCCUGCCGGCUCAGUCAGACUUAUUGAGGCCUUUCGCUUCACCGGGAUUCUCCAUGAUUACGGGAGAUUCUUUAGGGAGCUAGGAAAUCUCAGGCAGCUGACGCGAUUGGAGCUACAUGGGCAAGCGGAGGAGGAGGAGGGCGGCAAGCUACAAUGCCUGCAAGAUCAGAUUCUGCGACAACUGGCCAGUCAACUGCGAAGUUUAACAGACCUGCAUUUGUGCGGCUAUCAGCUGGAGAGUCCUGUGGGCCUUCUGGAAUUCGUGAUAAAUUGCCGGCAGCUAAGGCUACUGGACGUAACACGAUCUCAGUGCCACGGAGAGUCCUUCAUCUGGAGCUGCAUUGCUGUCUUGGCCAAACAGAGCUGGCGCAGUCAGCCCCUGGAGUUGUGGAUCCGGCAUAGCGACAUAGAUCAGGAGAUAGUCCACAGUCCGCGCUGCCUGGACAACAUAAAACUUCUAAAGAUUGAUACGAAGCAGAUGGGACCCAAUAUGGACUAUUCAUCGGGUGUGCUUAAGUUCAGCUUUGUGCGGUGAUCAACUCCCAAAUAAGUUCUAC